AUGGAUGAAAUACAUGACUUUUAUGUCAUCAGUGACAAUGCUGUAUGGGAGAAAACGACAAUAAUUGAGUUGCAGAAAAGGAGGCAAGGAAUACGGUGUAUUAGCAGAAAUGAGUGGAUUCCUGGAAAGUACAAACUUGAUAAUUUGAUAAAACCAGUUAAUAACAGUAAGAAGGUUGUUGUAGGAUUUACACCAUCAUCAUCAACUGGCAGUCCACAUUAUCUGGCACAAUUUGUUGUUCAAAAAAUGUUGGCUAACAAUAACAUUGGCAAACUUAUCCCUGUCAGAAUAUCAAAAGAUUCCAUGAUACCAGAAUGUCUGAGUGUGUUGACUUCAGCAAAUGGUUGGGAAGAUAACUUGUAUGAGUUGUUGUUGGGUGCAUUACAUGAAGAAAAAUCACAGGCAACAACAGGCAUUGUACGUUCACCACACAUGAGCAAGAUUGCUACGGGCAAGGCAUUGUACACACUAAAAGGAACCAAAGAUAAACAAAUUUUCUGUCAAAUUCACUGUAACAAUGAACUGGAAUUCUUCUGCCCAACAUGCCAGAGAUCAGCAUGUAAACACUGUGAACAUGGUUUUAAUUGUUUACGAAAAAAACAUGAUGUGCUUGAAAUAAAGACUGUUGUACAUGCUGUUACUAAUACACCAAAGGACAUUCAAAAGAUGUUGAAUGAAAGACUUGAUUCUAUCAAUAAAGCUAGAUCUCACUGGGAAGAUCAUGUACAAUUUAUUGAAUUGAAGAAUUCAGGUUGCAUUGGUACAAUCAAAACUGUCUAUGGCAUGUUCAAGGUUGAUCAACAUGAUGAAGCGUUUACCGUCACAAAAGAACAGCCAUUUGCAGUAACCGUAUCAAGCUUAAUUGAGAGCGAUGCAAGUAAAUUAUCUGCAACUCUAAGCAACCCAUCACAUGAAGAAUCAGCCACUACGGUAGAGUAUCAAGGAAAUGGAAAGUACAAAAUAACAGGUAAAUGCAAUGUGGAAGGUGAUUGGCAAAUGAAGAUUAUUGCGGGAGAGGCGCACAUCAAAGGAUCUCCAGUGAAUAUCAAGGUGGAAUCACUGGGACUUGUACAUACCACUGGUAACAUAGCAGAUUAUAAAGAACACAAUAAAGAAAAAAAUGUGAGAAAUGUAGUGUUAGACACAGAUGGAUGCAUAUUAGUAUCUAGUAAUAGUAAAGAUAUAUUAAAGUUCAAUCAAUCAGGUUCAUUUGUUGCUAGGAUACAGGUGCGACAAAAUGUACUGGUUAAUAGCAUGCAUCUAAUGAGUGAUGGUCACAUGGUGUACAGUGAUGUCUUAGGAAGAUGUGUUGUAAUGUGUGAUGAUAAAUUUAAAGAAAUUAUCUCAUUUGGUAAAGGAGAUUUGAAAUAUCCAAAGGGAUUGACAUUAAACAAAAAAACUGGAGUCAUGUAUGUAGCAGAUAGGGAGGCUCUCUGUGUGUUUAAAUUCAAUGUUGAUGAUGGUAGACUACUAGGUAAGAUAGGUUCAAAGGGUAGUGAAGUAAGUCAGAUGAAUGAACCAAUUGAUGUUACUUUAACCAAGGAAGGUCAUAUGAUCAUUGCUGACUUCACCAAUCAUAGAAUACAAAUGUUUGAUGCAAAUGAUAAGUUUAUGCGAAUCCUUGUAGGUUGUGGUAAGAUAGAUGGUAAAGUUUGGUCUCCUUGUGGCGUAACCUUGGAUAUGGAUGAAAAUAUAAUAGUAUCAAGUAAUCAUAAACUACAAUUAUUUGAUAAAAAUGGUGCCUUUAUUAAACGAAUAGAUCAUGAAGAUGAUGGAUUACAUAGCCCACUAGGAAUCGCUGUAAUCUCCAAUAGACCAAGAAGAGUAGCAGUAGCAAACUACACAGCAAACAAUGUUAAAAUUUUUAACUAUUAA